AUGUCACACCAACUUAAAAUAAAGCUAAGAGUUGUAGAGCUCAAUGCUUUAAGAACCAUCAUAAAAGACAUAAUAAUAUCCAGACUUCACAGACCACGUCUGUUCCUGAACAAAGGUGCUGAUGCAAUCGAAGAUCAGAUCAUGGAUACACUCAACAGCAAAAAUAAUGAUGAUCCAAUUAUGAAUAUCUUGAGUAAUGAUAAUAAUGAUGAGUCUAUGUAUGAUACGGAACUUGGCAAUGACAUAGAUAUCAUUGAAAACAAAACAUCUCCUUUGAUUUUUGACUUCAGUCAGCCUGCACCUGCCCCUGACAAAGAUAAUAUCAUUAAGGAUUUUGAUAUCUCUCACAAUGCCUAUGAAAUAAUAGUCAAGCAUUUCAACAGUAUUUUGGAAAUGUCAACUUGCAUUACAUACAAAGCAUGUACUCCUCAUCUCGGCAAAAAGCUUUUGAAGUGUUUCUCUGGUGUUGAAGAGAUAGUCUACAAUAUCUGUCAGAGGGGAUGUAUAUUUUUUACCAGUCUAUCUCAGAGUGAGUGCUCUAGCUGUGGACAAAGUCAGUACAAAACAAGAUGUAGAGAAACUGAGAGAAGUGAUCUGGUUUCUGCUGCCAUAAUGCUACAGCUUCUAUUGGCAAAACAACUGGCUCUUGCAUCAGCCAACAAGAAUAUAAAAAACACAUAUCUGAAAUUGCUGCUUACAAGUGGAAAAAUCAAAAUCAAUAUUUUCACUAUAAACCAACAUCUUCUUCAGCACUAUUCUCUCAUAAUUGAUGUAUACAGUCCACCUCGUACAUAUAGUGCCAGAUUUGUGGAACAGGCAAUUGAUGAAUACUCAAGGGCUAUCAAGAACUUCUACGGAUCAAAGGCGGAAGAGUGUAAUAUGAUUGAAGCAGCUAUGCAAACUAACUGCAAGACAUUUUUUAAUGGUUGUGUAAUUAACUCUGCACUUGACCAAAAUUAUGUAAGGGAGGCACAUAACAUCAGAUUACAGAUUCAGUUUGAUAAGAACCACAACAUACAUUCUGCAUACUCCCCAGUUUACAAGGAUUUCUUUGGGAAAGUUUUUGUCUUUUUUGAGCACAAGCUCAACAACAAGAGGUGGCCACUUGCUUUUGUAGAGAUUGCAGCAGUCCGUUUGGUAAAUGAUAUAUCAGUUGUUAACAAUAUGCAAAUGAAGCUAAAGGUAGUUCACCUGGCAGAUGUCAAAGAAUUAGUUGGUUUGGUGAAGUUGGAUGCAACUAUAAACACAAUAACAACAACAGCAACAACAUAUGUAGUGUGGCCAGAGCUUAACUGCGGCCUAAAACUGUUACUUGAUUCUCUUACAGACCUAUAA